GAUGGUCUCAUGGUAGCCUGUUACAGAAAUUUUAUAGAUGUAGUUGUUUUGUUAAGUCACUGCCCCUAUUUGGAUAUUAAUCAUCAAGACAAUGAUGGGAACACUCCUCUCAUGAUAGCAGCUCAAGCAGGCCAUGUUACUGUAGUAACCUAUCUUUUGAACUACUAUCCUGAGAUACACAUUGAGCAGACAGACAAUCGUGGUUUCACUGCUUUAAUCAAGGCAGCGAUGCAAGGAAGAACAGAAUGUGUCACAGCACUUCUGAUGGCUGGUGCUUGCCUAAAUGCAAUUGAUUUAUAUAGAGGGAAAACAGCCAAAGAAUGGGCACUGAUUACUGGUCGCUUUGAAACUUUUGUACAUAUCAAUCGACUUAUUCAAAGACCAUGUGCAGAGCAGUUCUGUGACAAAUACAUUCCUGAGUGGCCACAGCUAAAGGACCUAGUUGCCAAGGCAACAGCUAUAAAAACAAGACGUGACAGGCUUUCAGAAAAACUACGGUCAGCUUUUAGCAUAAACUUCCCACACGAUCCAGAAGACAAUGGUGUCAUGGACCAUGCUGUUCGAAUAACGACUAGUCUGUCUAGUCCAUUUAUAACUACUGCCUGCCAAACUAUCUGUCCUAGCAGCCCUCCGGCAUUGGGAAAAAGAAGAUUUGCUGUGCCAGAAAUUGUGCAACAGCUAGAUAUUUGUAAGAAAUUGAACUUCAAAAAUGAAGCAAGAAAAAGUGCUGAUAGCAGUUCUUUGGAAAUCCCCUCAAAAAGUUCACUAAUGUCUGAACGCAGAACUAACAUCUUUUCUGUGACAUCUCCAGUAGCGCCUGGAAUGGGUACCUCUGGGGGGAUGAGUUUCAUACCAACAAGACUUAUGCGUCGAAACAGUAUCUUUCCUGAUGAUUGUAUACCAAAAAUCAAGCUGAUCAAAGCUUCGCCACCAACUCGCAAAAAAGAUAAGAAACAGAAAACAAAGAACAAAAAUUAUUUAGAGCCUCCAAAAUGGAGAUAUAAAGAACUAAAAGAAGAGAAGAAAAGGGCAGAAGAGUUAGAAGAGGAAAGAAAAGAAAAGGAAGCAAAGAAAAACAAAUAG